CCUUUGACCUCGGAUCAGUGCCUUUGACCUCGGGGUGCAGCUGGCAUGGGACGCGGUGCAGCUGGCAUGAGGCACAUGGUGCGUUUCGGUGAGAUCCGGCGAUGAAGAGUCAAUUUCUCCUGAGGUCGCCGGCCUUCAAGGCCUCUCCCAGCUCCCGCUCCACGACGCCUCGCCAACGAGCUUCCCGGCGCGACCGCGGUGUCCAUGGGGCCCGCAGUGCGCGCGGCCAGCCUGGUGGGGUCGAUCAAGCUGGAGGGCGACUGGAGGAGAGAGCCCAGGAGAGCCCGACCCAGAGCCCGGCGCGACCGCGCAGUGCAAAGGCCCAAGCUGUGCGAAAGUCAGAGCUGCAGUGUUUAGAGAUGGUCCUCCGAAGGAGCUGCCCAAGGGAUGCGCAGGUGGCUGGCUACCUGCGGCGAGCGCACAACGUGGAGCCGACCGGGCAGGAGCGGAUUUUCUGCUUCGAGGGGCCCGAUGAGCACAUCCGCCGGGCCUUACUGCUGCAAGAGCCCCCCUGGGUGGAGAACGAGUCGGUGACCUCGCAGAUCUUCCACUUGAAGUGGACUGUCUCGGACAGUGAAGCCGACUACUGUGAGCUGCGAGAAGGAGCGCUCUUCAAUCACUUCCAGAAGAAUCGCGAGCUAACCACCAAAGUGGGCCUUGCCAACAACCUCCGGAGGUUCGCCUGCGAGGAACAGGUGGACAUCGACCGCUUCUUCCCACGCUGCUAUGAUAUGAGCUCAGCCAGUGAUGUGCAGGACUUCGUCCUGGACUUCCGCCGGGGCGCGGCGCUCAACGUGCUACGACAGCAUCUGAGGCUGUCGGCCUGGGCGGCCGAGCGCCAGAGGUUGAUGGAGGUUGCGAAGAUGGACUGGGCCGGCAGCAGCUACAUGUGCAACGUCAACGUCCUGAGGAUCGCCGUCAAGGCCUUGGUGCAUUGGCUCGAGGAUCUGGAUGGAAGCUUUCUGGAGGAGGAAGGUCGUGGUUCGGAGCGCCGAAAGCUCUACAGCGAGGAGUGGGAUGCCUUGGUCUUGUACUCCGAGCUCUCCGAUGCCCAGCUCUGUGGCGACGACGCCGAGGCGGAGCGCAAGCGGGUGCUGCGUGGCUACUCCGCCUCAGGCGCGUGGCAGCCCGGCACCGGCCGGGAAGGCGUCCGCGUGGAGAACCACCAGAAGUGGCCGGAGUUCCGAGAUCACUACUGGGGGGAGGCGCCGGAGCACUUGCGACAGCAGGCGCAAGUGGCACUGGAGCAAUUGGAGGCGCGAUGGCCUCAAUUCAGCGCACAGGGACCCAUGAAUGUUUGGGUGGCCAAGCCGGGGAGCUGUUCGAAGGGCAAAGGGGUGAUUUGCAUGGAUUCGCUACCAGAGGUCCUACAUCACUGCAAGACCGCUGCCAAUCGGAUUGUGCAGAAGUACAUCGAGCGACCCUUGUUGCUCUUCAGUGGCCGCAAGUUCGAUUUGCGACAAUGGGUUUUGGUGCGCUCCUUCCAGCCCCUCAAGGUCCACAUGUUCUCCUCCUGUUACCUGCGCCUCUGCAACGAGCCCUACGACCUCGGGGACUUGGCGAACCGCCAGCGGCAUAUCUCCAACUGGUCGGUGAACAAGUGCGGGAAGCACGUGUCGGACGGAGCCGUCGCCAGUCUUCAGGAAUUUCAAGAAGUUUUGGAGAUGAUCACGGGCAAAAGCAACUACUGGGAGACGGAGCUUAUUCCACAGCUCAAGAGCUGUAUCUUGCAGACGCUCCAGGCGGUGCAGUCCAACAUGGUUCAAAGGCCCGAAAGCUUCGAGGUGUAUGGCUUCGACUUCUUGAUCGGUGAAGAUCUCAAGCCCUGGCUUCUGGAGGUGAACCUGAGCCCCGCCUGCGAGUCUCGGACCCAGUGGAUGUCUGACAUGUUGGAACGUAUGGCGUCCAGGUUGGUGGAACUGCUUCUCCAAGGCCAUUUGUUGGCAGAUGGAAAGGAGCCAGACUGGGUGUGCAUUUGUGAUGAAACUGCGAACGUGAAGGGAGAGGAUCCCAUGAGCUGUUGGUUGGAGAACAAGGAGGACCUCUCCGAAACGUGGGGCCACAAAGAUCUGACUGUGGUGGGGAAAGCCUUGAGCAAGCGCGCGGCCCGGCGCCUGGAUCAAAUCUGGCGCCGCAACGAGGCGCAGAUCGCCCUUGCGCGGACCUUCCGCGGCUGCCGGGUGCGCUGGCGCCUCCGCGCCGCGCGCCAGCGCGCCUGCGCGCACCUCGUGGAACACGCCCGCGCGCGCGCCUGGGCCACGCUGCUGCGCCGCUGCGCCGUAGAACGGCAGCGUCCGCCGGCGGCGCGCCUGGUGGUGUCGCUGGUGCGACGCUUCGCGGCGCAGCGCAGGGUCUGGGCGGCGCGGCGGCGGAAGGAGGCCAUUGGCAUCCAACGGCUUUGGCGUGGUUGGCUGGGCCGCAGGCGGGCCAGCCUGGCGCGGCAGGACCGGGCAGCAACGCGGCUCCAGCGGUGGUGGCGCAGCUCGAAGCUCUUGCGCAUGCUCCGGGCCAAGCGACGGGUGCUGUGCUGGUGGCGGCACGUGCAAGCAAGGCGGAGCCGGGCAGCACGGAGCAUCCAAGCAGCCACGCGAGGCUUUUUGGGAACAAGGCGCUAUUCCUUCCUCCUCCUGCACCUCGUCCAACCCAUUCACCGCCUCACCUAUCUCCUCUCCUGCGCGCGCUGGCGCUGGGCCGCGGCCGCCCUCUCCGGCGCUUCAGCCGUCGUGGCCCUCCAACGCUGCUGGCGCGGACGCCGCGGGCGCGCGCGGGCGCGUGCGCGCCGCGCGCUGCGCGAGGCCUUUGGCCGGUGGAGGAGCCGUGGACGCGCCUACCAAGCCUCUGCUGUGGUCCUGCAACGCCUCUACCGCGGUGCUCGCGGCCGCCGUGUCGCCCGGCGUCGCCAACGCGCGCUGCACGCCCUGCAGCGCGCGUGGCGGGCGCAGCUGCGGACCAAGCGACGGGUGCGAGUGCGGGCGGCCGUGGCACUGCAGCGGAGCUUCCGGGGCUUCCAGUGCCGCAACGGCUUUCGCUUCGCGUGCCACAGCGCACUUUGCAUCCAGAGGGCGUUCAAGGGAUUCCUGGCCAGGCGCCGCCUGCAGAUGCUCCGCCGCUUCGCCACGCUGAAGCAGCGCUGGUUGCGGGAGAUCCCCCAGGCGGAGGAUUGGAACAAACAUGCCGAGGGCGCAGUUGAGGACGCCACGACGCGGAGUUCCACCUUCACGCCCGGCUCGCGCGAGGACAGCGAGACGGGGUCCGCUACGGCCACGGGGUCCGGCACGGCGGACGAGCGGGAGAUCUCCAUUGGACUGGUGGAGGAGCCAAGGUUGCUGGUGAGUGAUCCCUCUGCUGGCCCACCCUGUGAGCCGCCUUGGGCCAUCCGCCAGGUUCGAAGGGAUUACCAUUUCGAGGAUCGACCCGACCAGGCCACGGCGUUGCCCUUGUUGACCCACCUGCAGCACCUGGCGCGGAGCUUUGAUGCCAUCCUGGCCAGCUCGUCGGCCAGGCGUGCUGAAGAAGAAGACGAAGACCCCCCCAGCGACGACGCGGCGCCCUCCACGGGCAGCGCGCUCCGGGCGGCGCGGCAGCUCCGCGUGACGCAAGGCUAUACGAAGCCGACAGUGAGCUCCACUCGAAGGACCACCAAGAGUCCCAAAGUGAAGGGACCACGAAGGGCAAAGCAGGAGGCCGACUUGAAUGCGCUGCUGAUGCGAACGUAUGUGCCGCAGUUGGUGGGGCCGAGGCGCAGAGAGUCACAGCCCUCGCCCUGGCGCUUGUCCAAUAUCGAGCCUGAGCCGUGGCUACUUUGACGGUGGAUUCUGAGAGAAGAGAAGCCUGAGCAGUGG